AUGGAACAAGAGUUGAAUCUCAAUGAAAAGUAUUCUGUUAGUCUCAGUCCCAAUUCUGUUCUUUCAUCUCAUCAACAUUACUUGAGCAUGAAGAACAAAAUGGCCACAAUAUUGGAGGAAAGGGAAAAAAUUGAAAUUUCAGGUAAUAUUUCUCAUUCUUCAUGUCAAUCAGAUGAAGAAGGUUCAGUUAUGACACCUUCUCAGGAUUCAGAAUUGAGUUCUCAAUCUCCAUCUGUUUCUGCUUCCUGGACUCGCAGCUUAUCAAAUAGUUUUAUUGAAUUAUGCAUAAAUUCAGAUGUCUGUGAUAAAAAAUCGACUGUAGUAGAAGAAGUAGGUUCUGUAAAUUCAAAGAUGACAAGUGAUAACGUUACUAAUUCUCCUCUUCAAAAAGUUAAAGUUGAAAUACCUCACUCUCACCAACCAUAUCCAUCAGAAAGUGAUUGUUCAUCAAGAGUGAGUUCAAAAGUCCCAUUCACUCCUAUCAGAAAAAGGCUAAAUCCUUUCACUAAGUCAAAAAAAGUUCCAAGAAACAUGGCUUGUCAAAAAUCUUUGUUGAAUGACUUCUCCAACACAACAAAAGAUAUCAAGUAUUCUAGUCUACCAUGUUCACCUCUUCAUCUGCAUGGUUAUCUCAAGUUAAAAAACAAACAAGGACUUCCUUACUUUGAGUUUAAGGUAAAUUCUCCCAAAGAUGUCUUUGUUGCAAAGACACGGAGACUAGGUACCAGUGCUUUCAAUUGGGUAUAUACCUUUCACUCUUUUGAUAAUAGAAAGAACAAUUAUGCAGGUGUUUUGAAAUCUAAACAUUGUGUCAAAGAUUCAUCAAUGAUUGCACAAAUGCUAGUUUCCUAUAGUUUAUGUUCUGAGUUAGAAGGUGGAGUAUUUGGAAACUAUAUGGUGGCAGAAUUUGUGUUGUAUGAUUUUACACACUCAAGAAAAAGUGCUUCAUCAAAAAAACCAUCUUACAGAAAACAAGAUGCUUCUAAGACUCUGAAUGCUGCUAGCCUUGAAAGUGCUGCUAUUGUAUUGCGAAUUCCGUUUCAUAAGAGAGAAAGUUUGAAAUACAAAAGAGGGGAUGGAAUAAAUGGUAAAACAAAUUCCAUACCAAGUGAUAUCUCUUCGGUAAUAGAGCAGGUGAAGGUGGUAUUACCAAGUGGAAACCAUGGUAUGCCAAGUGCUGAAAGCGAGGGUCCUUCAUCGUUACUUGACCGAUGGAAACACGGUGGAGGUUGUGACUGUGGUGGUUGGGACAUGGCCUGUCCACUUAUUGUUUUAGGCAAUCCAGGUAUUCAAUUUCAUGAAGAUAUCCAUCUUGUGGAGAAAUAUCAACCAUUUGAACUUUUCUCUCAGCCUCAGGGAAGCAAAGAAAGUAGUCCUACCUUUGGCAUGAAACUAGUUGAAGAGGGGCAAUAUGCAGUUGAUUUCCAUGCAAAAUUAUCUCCAUUACAAGCUUUCUCCAUUUCUGUCGCCAUUUUACAUGGCACAUCUGCCUUCCGCGCCACGGGACAGGUGAAAAACCAGCAGUUAUCUCAAUGCAAUUCACUUGAAGAGGAAGUAGAAUUUUUUAUCAAAUCAGUCAAAAAAGAAGAGAAGACAAUAUCUACAAUUCAGAAAAUGUGGAGUGUCUAG